AUUUUGCACCGACACCCGGCGGAGGAGCAUCGGCUUGCAGCGCACUGUGCGGCCGGCGGAGGGACACGCUCUGGCGGCGGGAUCGGCUGUGUGAACCGGCAGUUCUUCGGUUUCGUGGGGCCUGAAUCAGCCUUUUCUCGGAUGGCGGAGCCGCGGUGGGACGCGGCCCAGGCGGCGGGGGAGCAGUGAGUGGUCGGCGGCUGGUUUUGUGCGGAGGAUCGGACUGGGCGGCGGAUCUUCGGAUGGUCAGAUUCUCAGCGAAGAUGCGGCAGUGAGCAUGCUCCCAGUGCUGAUCGUUACCAUGGCGAUAUUCGGCAGCGGGCAGGCGUGCAGCGGUCAGGACAACUGCUCGUCUCAGAGCGGUUCUAAGGACUACUGUUACUCGGCUCGGAUCCGGAGCACGGUGCUGCAGGGGCUGCCUUUCGGAGGCGUCCCCACCGUGCUCGCACUUGACUUCAUGUGCUUCCUGGUGCUGCUCUUUGUCUUCUCCAUCCUGCGGAAGGUGGCGUGGGACUAUGGUCGUCUGGCUCUUGUUACCGAUGCUGACAGACUGAAGAAGCGUUUCAGCGACCUGGAGGAACGGGAAUACGUUGCCUCGGCGAUGCACUCAGAGACGCCGGACCGAUACGAGCGGCUAACAUCGGUUUCAAGUUCUGUCGACUUCGAACAAAGAGACAACGGAUUCUGCUCGUGGCUGACAGCCAUCUUCAGAAUAAAGGAUGAGGAGAUCCGGGAGAAGUGUGGUGAGGACGCCGUCCACUACCUGUCCUUCCAGCGUCACAUCAUCGGGCUACUAGUCGUUGUUGGCGUCCUCUCCGUUGGCAUUGUCUUGCCCAUAAAUUUUUCUGGAGACCUGUUGGUCCGUAUUCUCAGUGUUGAUGCGUUCCUAAACCACGAAGCUCCUGGACCUCCUUCCAAAGAAGAAAACAACGCCUACAGCUUUGGACGCACCACCAUAGCGAACCUGAAGUCAGGGACAAACCUGUUGUGGCUCCACACGACGUUUGCCUUCAUGUACCUGCUGUUAACCGUCUACAGCAUGAGGAGACACACAUCCAAGAUGCACUACAAGGAGGACGACCUGGUGAAACGCACUUUAUUCAUCAAUGGCAUCUCGAAAUAUGCAGAGGAGAGUCAAAUCAAACAGCACUUUGAACAGGCGUAUGAGAACUGCAUUGUCCUGGAGGCUCGGAUCUGCUACAACGUGGCCAAAUUGAUGUCUCUGAACGCCGAAAGGAAGAAGACUGAACGCAGCAAGAAGUUCUUCACUGACCUGAUGGCGAAGGAACAUGUUCCCACUAUGAUCAACCCCAAACCCUGUGGACAUCUGUGCUGCUGUGCCAUCACCGGCUGUGAAGAGGAGGAGGCGGUGAGCUACUACACCAAGAGGGAGGCCAAGCUGAAGGAGGAGUACAGGAAGGAGAAGGAGAAAGUCCACACCAAACCACUGGGCAUGGCCUUCGUCACCUUCCAGAAUGAAGCCAUGACUGCCAUCAUCCUGAAGGACUUCAAUGCCUGUCAGGUCCAGGGCUGCCGGUGCCGCCAGGAGCCGCAAUCGUCCCAGUUCAGCGAAGUCCUCCAUGUUUACAACUGGAGCGUUUCAUAUGCGCCCGACCCGCAGAAUGUCCGCUGGGAGCACCUGUCGCUGGGUGGGAUCUCCUGGUGGAUCCGCUGCUUCAUCAUCAACUGCAUCCUUUUCCUCCUGCUCUUCUUCCUCACCACGCCUGCCAUCAUCAUCACCACCAUGGAUAAGUUCAAUGUCACCAAACCCGUCGAGUAUCUUAACAACCCCAUCAUCACCCAGUUCUUCCCCACUCUGCUGCUGUGGGCGUUCUCUGCUCUGCUGCCGACCAUCGUAUACUACUCUGCGUUCUUCGAAGCUCAUUGGACCAGGUCUGGAGAAAACAGGACGACGAUGCACAAAUGCUACACCUUCCUGAUCUUCAUGGUUCUGUUGUUGCCGUCGCUUGGACUCAGCAGUCUGGAUGUUUUCUUCCGAUGGCUGUUUGAUAAGAAGUUUCUUGCUGAUGCCAAAGUCAGAUUUGAGUGUGUCUUUCUCCCUGAUAAUGGAGCGUUCUUCGUGAACUAUGUCAUCGCCUCUGCAUUUAUCGGGAACGCCAUGGACCUGCUGAGGAUCCCAGGUCUACUCAUGUACAUGAUCCGGCUCUGCCUGGCCCGGUCCGCUGCCGACCGCCGCAACGUCAAGAGGCAUCAGGCCUAUGAGUUCCAGUUCGGAGCGGCGUACGCCUGGAUGAUGAAUGUCUUCACCGUGGUAAUGGCCUACAGCAUCACCUGCCCCAUCAUUGUCCCCUUCGGUCUAAUGUACAUGCUGCUCAAACACCUUGUGGAUCGAUACAACAUGUACUACGCCUACCUGCCUUCAAAACUGGACAAGAAGAUCCACUCUGGAGCCGUCACUCAGGUGGUGGCCGCGCCCAUCCUUUGCCUCUUCUGGCUGCUGUUCUUCUCCACGGUUCGGACAGGUUUCGAGACUCCGACCUCCAUGUUCACUCUGGUGGUGCUGAUUGUCACCAUUGUGGUCUGUCUGUCCCACGUCUGCUUCGGACACUUCAAGUACCUCAGUGCUCAUAAUUACAAGAUCGACACCAAGGAGAAUGACAUCGACACCGUUGAAAACGGACGUCCAGCCCGUCCUUCGUCCUCCCCCACCACCAAAUCCCAGCAGCAGCAGCAGCAGCAGCAGCAGCAGAUGUACAUCGCCCAGGUUCUCCAGGACCCCAACUCUGACGAGCCCGGUGGCGGCAGCGGCGAGGAGGACCGGGGCUCUUCUCAGGAUGAGGAAAUGCUGAACGGAGGGAACAGCAUCAAUGAGGCGGAUUUCCAGUCAGGGGAGGACAGUCUGAUUGCCAAUGAGGUCCGCCAGUAGCUGGAGGCGGAGCUAAAGGGAAGGGGUGGGGCCACUCGUGGGUUCAUUCCAACACAACAGUGACAAAACUCUGCUGACUGGACAUCAAUUCAGUGCACAUACACACAAAACAAACAUGUACAAAUGGAGAGGCCAAGUCCCACCCCUCCCGCCGUGGCCCAUGGGACCUAAAGGAGGAUACAUAUGGAUGGUCACCAAAGGUGGGAUUUGGUUGAAUCACGCCAUCAGUUACAUUCAGUUUAAAGGUUAAUGUUGCAAGUGAAUAAAACCAGAGUUUGUGGUCGGUUUAGUGUGAGAUGCCAUCAAAAACAUCAGGCCUGGUCAGUAGUAGAUGCAGAGGUCC